AUGGUUGACCAUGUCGAGUCUUCCUCAUCAUAUUCUCUCGGGCAAUAUUCUGGAGCAAACGCGCUUGGGGGUGGUCAAGAGCACGCUGUUCAAGUGAACGACGCGAUUGGGGGAGGUCAACAAAGCGCAGUAGUGAACGCUGGAGCAAACGCGAUUGGGGGUGGUCAAUUGAACGCUGGAGCAAACGCGAUUGGGGGUGGUCAAGAGCACGCAGUUCAAGUGAACGACGCGAUUGGGGGAGGUCAACAAGGCGCAGUAGUGAACGCUGGAGCAAACGCGAUUGGGGUUGGUCAAGUGAACGCUGGAGCAAACGCGAUUAAGGGUGGUCAAGAGCACGUAGUUCAAGCGAACGACGCGAUUGGGGGAGUGAACGCUGGAGCAAACGCGAUUGGGGGUGGUCAAGAGCACGCAGUUCAAGUGAACGACGCGAUUGGGGGUGAUCAAGUGAACGACGCGAUUGGGGAUGGUCAACAGGAGGGCCCAGUUCAAGUCGACGCGGUAGAAAACGCUAUGGCCCAGGAGGAGAACGCAGAAGAAAACGAAGGAGUUCAAGUUGAAGAAAACGCUAUGGCCCUUGAGGCGAACGCAGAAGAAAAUGCUAUGGCCUUGGAGGUGAACGCUGAAGAAAAUGAAAGAGUUCAAGCUGAAGAAAACGCUAUGGCCCAGGAGGAGAACGCAAUUCAACAAGAUGGGAAAAGAAGAAGAGCUGAAGAAAAUGCUAUGGCCGAGGAGGAGAACGCAGGGAAAAGAACUUUGAUUACCAUAUCAAGAUACCGUCCCAACAUCAAGUGCUUCCGUCUCUGUGUAAUAGAGCCAUUUGCUCNGGAUCACAUAACACGUGAGNCGCUUGAUNAAGGAUUCAGAGCCAUAGUUGAGGGAUGCAAGGAUCUUCGAAGGCUCUCUGUCUCUGGUCUCCUCACUGACAAGGCCUUUGAAUACAUUGGGAAACACGCCAAGAAGAAGNUUGAGAUAAGAGAUUNUACUUUUGGAGACACUGCACUACUGGAGCACGCUUCGAAACUUGAAACCAUGCGAUCCCUUUGGAUGUCGUCUUGCUUUNUAAGCUUUGGUGCUUGCAAGCUUCUCNGUCAGAAAUUGCCAAAGCUCAAUGUCGAAGUCAUUGAUGAAAUGUACCCUCCAGAGUCAAGACCUGAGAGCUCUCCAAUUGAAAGGAUAUACAUAUACCGAACACUCGUAGGACNGAGAUGA